AUGGCGUCAAUCACUCUGGAGGAGCUCCACACUUAUCAUGCCAUCGAUCGGGAGAUAUUCUCUCGGCUGGUGAUAACUCUUAUGAGGGAUCCAGCUGAAUCUCUAUUAGUUAUGGCCCUAUGGCUAUGGCUAGAAGAGAAGGGCUAUCCCAACAUAAUAGCGAAAAUGGUGAAGCUGUCGGAUCCUCUGCUGGAAGCACUAGCCGGUGAAGCAGUUUCAUGUUUGAAUUGUCUAGGAUCCGGCAAUCCUACCAUUCCACCUAACGGUGUUUUUCCUCUUACUGCAAGAAUUAUGGAGAAAGAUAUUUCAUUUCAAAUGUUCCAUCAAAACAAAUUUAGUACCAUCAGUGGGAUAAAAAACUUUCUAAACACUGUUUGUUCUCGAAUUUUUACCGACAUCUUGCAACGUGUGAUGGGGAGCACGUCACAGGUAAUCUCUAAUCAGCCUCUUGUCAUCCCUGGUUUUCCUCACUCAUUAUUUGGCAGGGUCACCAUAGUUCCAAGAGCCAUGGACCAUGGUUUUCCUGUAGGAGGUUUAUGGGGAUGGCACCCAUGUAACAAUGUUUCGGAGGAUGACAGGACCUUGUUUCUGACCUUCUCACGGGGUUUCCCUGUGUCAGAAGAUGAAGUAAGGGAACUCUUCACAAAAAUAUGUGGUGACUGUGUCGAUAGUGUACAUAUGCAGGAAAAUGUCCCCUGUAAUGAACAACCCUUGUUUGCUAGAAUGGUUCUACAUUCUGUCACAAACGUUGAUCAAAUUUUGAAUAGGAGACGCAUAGCUAAGUUCCGCAUCAAUGGUAAACAUAUAUGGGCUCGGAAGUAUGAACGUAGGGAGUAGAUCAUCCGA